GUGGCUUGCCACCCCUCCCCCACCAAACACCCCUCCCUUUUCUCUACCCAACAACCUCCUCCGCUUUUUUCUCUUCCCUCCCUGUUGGUCUACCGAGUGCGAGGCACUGCAGUGAAACCGACAUCUGGGAAGCGAGCGUGUCACAAGUAAUACUAGGUUUUUUAAACACCGAAAAAAUAGUGUAAGAUUGCAACAGAGAGGGCAGCGACGCGGGUAACGUUUGAUUUGGGCAUAUAGUAAAACGAUCACCGGAUAGAAGACAUCUCGCGUCAAAAAUGGGAAAUGAAGCAAGUUAUCCUCUGGAAAUGUGCUCUCAUUUUGAUGCUGAUGAGAUUAAAAGGCUAGGGAAGAGAUUUAAGAAACUCGACCUAGAUAACUCAGGUUCUCUAAGUGUAGAAGAGUUUAUGUCCUUGCCUGAAUUACAACAGAAUCCACUAGUUCAACGAGUUAUUGAUAUAUUUGAUACCGAUGGGAAUGGGGAAGUUGACUUCAAAGAAUUUAUAGAAGGUGUCUCUCAGUUUAGUGUGAAAGGAGAUAAAGAACAGAAGCUCAGGUUUGCCUUCCGGAUCUAUGAUAUGGAUAAAGAUGGUUACAUAUCUAAUGGAGAACUUUUCCAAGUAUUGAAAAUGAUGGUGGGAAACAAUCUCAAGGACACUCAACUUCAACAGAUAGUUGAUAAAACCAUUAUCAAUGCUGAUAAGGAUGGUGAUGGCAGAAUAUCUUUUGAAGAAUUUUGUGCAGUUGUAGGUGGGUUAGACAUACACAAAAAGAUGGUGGUAGAUGUGUGACACAUCUCCAGUUUUCCACCCAACACAUAUGCUUUCUUCUCCAUCUCUGAAGAUCUGCUCAAGAUGUCCAGCAAUGCUCUCUGUGUAUUUAAAUGGAAGUAUUUUCUCUGUGAAGCCACUUUUUCCAACAUGAGCCUCAUGAAGCCAACUAAGUGUUAUUGAACAUUGAUUUUCUCAAUAACUUGGUGUAGCACUUUAAUGUCUGAAGGACAGCUAACUGUGGAAAGAGCAUCAUGGUAUGGUGGAGAAAGGGAAAGGGCUGGCUUGUGUUUUUUUAUUAUUAUUAUUGUUGUUAUUAUUUAUUUUGCUCUUUUUAUAACAAGGAAGUAUAUCUAUAGCUUUAUAAAAUGAUAAAAACUAAUUAGUUGGAUUGUAACUUGGGUUUCAGUAGUAGAAAAGUAGUGUAUGAAGUGCCAAGCAUACCAUAAACCUACCACUUAAUGCUAUAUAAAUAUACUUGUUUAAUUUUUUUUAAAUGUUAUGUACAAGUGAUGCAUGAUUGAUAAAUAAAUUUUCUUUUCACUGUUUUUUUUUUUCUUUCAUGUAAAUGUAUUGAUUCGGUUUAAGUUAUUUCCUAAUGGUUUAGCAGUAACAUACAGUAUAUAUACUCUCUUAAGGAUAGAGUUGUAUGUUUUGUUUCUCUCGUCUCAAACGGCAUCUACUUGCAUAGCAGUACCCUGAUACGUUUCUAAUUGUAGUUUUACUGAAAUCUUGUAUGGAUGACAAAUGUUUGACUAGCAACUGACGACCAUUCAAUUAUGAUAAAAGUAAGACAAAUAAUUAGUUUAAUUUUAUAUUUCAUACACAAAAUGAAAUACUACUGAAGUAGGUGUAUUUUGUUCUCAAUUCUAGAAUUUGGUUGCUUUAGUUUGUAGUGCUGCAGUUGCUUUCACUUUCAUAUAUUAGAGUAGAAGGAUUUCAAGAUGAUAGGAGGGGUGCAUCUUGCUUUAUGGCGUGUGAUAAUUUACAGACCUACUGCAGACAGCCUAAACCAUAUUACUAAUGUAUGUAUAUAUGUAGGGUAUCAAUGGAUUUUUUUUUUUUUUGGAAACUUUAAUGGGAUAUUGUGGUUCUAGGAAGAAAUCUAGCUAAGAUUAUACCUCCGAGUUAAUCUGUUCAUUAUGUCAAUUUAUUAUAUAUUGCUUUUUUAAUUUUUUUUAUUAUUCAUUUUGAGGUGAAGUUUAUGUACAGGUAUUAGGCUUAUAAUUAAAUGCAUUUGUUAAUUUCCGAGUGUGCGUCAGCUAUAAGCUACUUUUCCCAGUUUCCAUCAUCUCUUCCCUUUUUGCAGUGGUAUAAAAUUGGCUGGUUCAUUUAGAACGUUGGAAGCAUUAUUCAAAUAUUGUCAGAAACCUCUUUGUCCUGCGAUUUGACUUCUACACUGUGAGCAUACGUCCAUGAACUACUUAACUCGAGCAGCAGAUUCCACCUUAGACUUUAGUCCACAAGCACCGCACCUCCCCGCCAUGGCUGUUCCUUCAGUUGAGUGCUGCACGUCUUUGGGCUCUUGUAUCAUAAAGCAAGAUAUUCGGGUGCUUGCUGUCCUUGCAUGAUGUGGAGGUUUUUCUUUGCUUAGCCCCCAUACUCUCUCCCACAUUUCCCUCUUGGGGGGUAUUUUUCUUGCAUGUAAGUCCAUUUUACUAUCGUUUACAUAAAUUGUAAUAUUCAUAUUUAAUGUUGCCAAAUUUGGUAAAUGUUAACAUCAAAAAUUAAAUCUCCAUUUUGUUUUUAUUUUGUUUUUUUUUAAAUUUUUUUUGUGCAUAAGUGCAUUGCUCAGUUUUCCAGGAAAUGUAUCUGUUACAGUGUCAGCUGCCAUGUGCUCGGCUCUAAGGGGGAACGGUUUGUGAUUUUAUUUUAUUUUUUUUCUAUUUUUGUACACUAUUUGAUAUGAACAUCUAGGAACAUGCUCUUUUCUUUCCGUGUUUAUAAGUGUAUUCUUUGGCUGCAAUUAUAGAUUUUAGUGCAGGUUAUUCACGCAUUUUUGAAACAAGUUCUUUAGUUUGUGUGGGAAAAUGGUUACAUUUGAAUGUAUACGUUUUCUUCUAUGCAUGCAUCAUAUACUGUGGGAGCUAUUGGAACCUUCAUACUGUAUGACAAUGAAAAAAUAAAGUAAAUUAUUUGAAGCUUGUUA